ACGACCCUUGCUUGACGGCAACCAAAAUCUACGAGCCACACCGCAGUACAGAGUAUGUCACCGAUCCAAACAGCUUUCUUAAAAUAUGUGAUACGCACUUGUCUGAGGGCUGGUACCAGUUCACCCAUAUGAAUGGAAUGUUGGCCACCGGUUGUGUGGAGGACUUUCGCUGCGGUACAGACUCGCCUAUGUGGAUGGUUGGGGAACACCCGGCAGUCGGUGAUGGUGAGGUCGACCGUCAGGCUUGUUCAAACCUUGGCAUACCUAAUGACUGCUGCACUGCCAGUUACAACAUCAAAGUGAAAGCAUGCGACGCCGGUGGAAACACCUUUUAUGUGUACUACCUGGUAUCAACAAGUUAUUGCGAUUCUUAUUGUGCGGGAAACGAAGCACCUUGUCCAGAUGGCCAAGAAUACAACGCAUUUCUUCGGGAAUGUGGACCUCUCAUUCCAGUGCUAACUGACAACCCUGUCCUACACGCACCUGAAAUCAGAAAUAACAAGGUUGAGUUUGACUGUGAGGUCAAGUACCGAGAUGAUCCCUCGGCGCGGUUUGUAGUGAUGUUCUUGUUUGACAACGAGUAUUUUCCGGAGGUACCGAACAAGACCCUUACAGCUGGAGAGAGGCGUGCAACUCUGGACGCAAAAUACAUGGGUGAAAACAGGUUAAGCCAACCCGGCUGGGACUCAAAGAUGGGGAAAGAUGUGUCCUGUGUUGUCAGAUCUUUCUGGGAGGAUACCCCUUCUACAGUUAGUUCCUGGCGGCAAAGCAACUCCUACCACACAGGAAUUCAGGCAAGAAUACUUUGUCUCUAG